UGGGCUAUGUAAGGUUUAAGCAUUCAUGGUUAUAUCAUUAGUAAUGGUUUGGAGCAAAGAAACCCUAUGCAUUAUAAAGCACCGUCACCCGCUUACCGAGUCACCUGUUCAUCCAAACCCCAUUCUUGACUACGAAAGCAACCAUGCGAAGCCUACGUUGAUUUUCUCCAAAGGCAGAAAUAGCAAGUUGUUGUUCGACGAACGUAUGGACGGUGAAAGUUGGUGACCUACUCAACAGACGGUACGGGCAGUGACAUAUAAACUCCCCCCACCCCAAGGAGCGGGGGUUGUUUCGUCUUCAGCUACUGCGAGGAAAAGUACAGCAGGAAGGCAGCCACUGACUUUGGGAAUCGUGACGAACAAGGUCGACGAUGUUCACGGGGAACGAGUUUCUGCCAAGCUUGAGCGACAAACGGAUGGUACCGGCGUGAGGAGUCAGCAAUGAGGAGAGCACAUCCAGGAAACGAACUCAGAUACGGCCGGUGGCAACCUAACCCGAGAGGAUGACAUCGUAGGAAGCCCUAGUGUAGGCGCGCUUCCCGUCGUCGGGGUGGCAUUUCAAGGAAGGGGAGAUGGGGGCGAGUGUUGAACAGAGUUACAGUGACGCUGAGGAAGAGGUAGGCGAAAGCUCUGAUACAUGGGACGACAGGCGAGAAGAUAGACUUCUAAACCAGAGAAGGCACGGGUAUAGGAGCCGCGGCGGCAGUUUCGGGAAGGAGGAUGCAACAAGUGCCGCGUGCAGUAGCAGGUCGCAUGAAGGGUUGAGGGAUCCCAUUUUUCUGUGGUCUGGGCUUUCUGUUAGGAUGGAAAGUUGCCAAAAAAAAUUAAUGUGUAAUUUGGUGCAAAUUUUAUGGGUCCAAUUAAUUGUGGCAUGAACGGUGGGCAUCGGUUUUUUGUUCUGGUGGGCUGGGGUUUGGUUCGGGUAGGAUUGCGUUGUCUUAUCCGAAGAGGAUAAGAUCAAAAUAGAUGACUCUAGAAGGUUUCAAGUAACGAUAACAGAUAUUUCUAGCAUAAUAAAUACCCUAUCCUGGAUUCUACACAAUCAGAAUGAGAGGUGGAGUCCAUGGUUUCUACCAUAAUAAAAACCCCAUCCUGGAUUGAACGCAAUCAGUAUGAGAGGUGGACUCCAUGGUUUCUAUCAUGCGCUGCGGUUUCCGUCGUAAGUCGUCCGGUCUAUGUUCUCCCAUUCAGAGGUUGAGAGAUGUGCAUUCGGACUGCUCUAAUACACCCUCCGAUUAGGUGGAUGAAGUCGUGAAUGUUGAUGUCAGCGAUUACCGAGUGUUCAUAGAGGCGGGACAACUGUUGGCGGCAUAAACCGGGAUUGAAAAUAAUACUGCUUUGGGAGUGUAUGGGAUGACUGAUGCAGAUGCAAAAGUAAUAUUGUUCUGGAAGUGCAAAGAAAAUGACGUUGUUCAAUUUGUAGAAGAAGUUACGGAAGAUGCACAUUCAGUAAUACUACAUGUCCCCGUACCGCAGGCGCCCCAUGGAGACCGGUCUGUGCAGAGUCGUAGCAUUUGGUUUCUGUCCCAACGAAAAUGUUGAAAAGAGCAUCUUCAAAUUCGGUUGAAUAUCCCAAUUUGAUCAAGCAGGUCCAUCUUCCUUCCAGCACGUCGUCAUGAUGAAUCGGUAUGAACCGGAGUUUAUCAAGAAUAUUGUUAGAGACACUGCUGACAGAUUACCGUUGCCUGGACCAACCCAGCAUGUAGUUGGACUCGAUACUUGCUGUGAACAAGUAAAAUCAGUGCUAAAUAUUGAGUCUAAUGAAAAUAUUUGCAUGUUGGGAAUUUAUGGACCUGGUGGAAUAGGCAAAACCACAUUGGCCAGAUGUCUAUUCGACAAGAUCAAGCGGCAGUUUGAAGCUUCAUGUUUUCUCGGUAAUGUCAGAAAAAUCUGAAAGUCGCGGAAGCUUAGAAAGUCUGCAAAAGACCGUUUUAUAUGACAUGGGUGAGGAGACAAUAACUGACCUUGGCAGUGAAUUUAAGGGAGGAUAUGAAAUCAAACGGAGGCUUCGCCACAAAAGAGUACUUCUAGUUCUUGAUGAUGUUAAUUCAAUAACACAAUUGGAAUCACUGGCUGGAGGGCAUGAUUGGUUUGGUUCAGGCAGCAGAAUCAUUAUAACAACAAGGGAUACUGAUAUGGUAGACAAGCAUGUGAUGGGUGAUGUUGUCACCAAGAAAUACAAGAUGGAGGAGCUAAAUGAUGAUGAUUCCUUGGAACUCUUUUCUUGGCAUGCUUUCAACAGGAAGGAGCUAAAUGAUGAUGAUUCCUUAGAACUUUAAAAAUGUUUCAAGAAAUGCAAUAAGUUAUGCAAAGGGCUUUCCGCUCGCUUUAGAAGUAAUAGGCUCCCACUUAGGGGGUUUUACAAGUGUGGAUAGCUGGGAAGAGGAACUGCACAAGUAUAGAAUUGAUCCAAGUAUUCAAGGAGUACUUGAAAUAAACUACAAUAGCUUGUAUGAACUUGAUCAGAAAACUUUCUUGGACAUUGCUUGUUUCUUCAAAGGAGAGAAAUGGGAUUAUGUUAAAAGGGUAUUGAAAGCUUGUGACUUCUAUCCAAUUGUUCGAGUGUUCAUUAGUAAAUGUUUAAUCACUGUAAAUCAGAGUGGUUGCUUGGAUAUGCAUGAUCUAGUACAAGACAUGGGCAAAGAGAUUGUAAUGAAUGAGUCGCCAACAAACCUGGGUGAACGCAGCAGAUUAUGGUCUCAUAAAGACAUUCUUCAAGUACUCAAAGAUGACACAGGAAGUAGCUCAAUUGAAGGAAUAAUGCUUCACUCUCCUACACUUGAAGUAAAUUAUUGAAUUAAUACUGCCUUUGACAAGAUGGAGAAACUCAGAAUUCUAAUUGUUCGGAAUACAGUGUUUUCAACAGCACCAAGUCAUCUUCCAAAUAGUUUACGACUACUAGAGUGGAAAGGGUAUCGAUCAGAGUCAUUCCCACUAAUUUUCAUCCCCACAGGAUUGUUGAUCUCAAGCUACCUCACAGUGCUCUUAAAUUGGAAAGGCCAUUUCAGGUAUUUGAGGAUUUGACAUGUAUCAACCUCUCCCAAUGUCAAUCCGUUACACAUGUCCCGGAUAUGCCUGGAGCUAAAAGCCUGAGAGUCCUCACACUUGACAAAUGCAAUAAACUGGUAGGAUUUGAUGAAUCCAUUGGAUUUAUGCCAAACCUUGUGUAUUUUAGUGCUUCGGAAUGCAGUAAGCUCAAACAUUUUGUACCAGAAAUGUAUUUGCCGUCUCUCGAAGUGCUUUCAUUUUACUUUUGUAAAAGCCUUCAAAGUUUCCCAGAAAUCAUGCAAGAGAUGGACAAACCAUUAAAGAUUAACUUGGCAAAUUCUGCAAUUGAGGAGUUCCCGAAUUCCGUUGGUAAUCUUACAGGGCUUGAGCACAUAGAUAUCUCUAAAUCCAAAAGACUCCAGUAUCUACCAAGUAGCUUCUUGAUGUUGCCAAAACUUUUCACAUUGACAAUAGACGGAUGUUCUCUGCUUGGAAGAUCAUUUAAAAAGUUCAAAGGACACAACAGUCCAAAUAUAAGGAGACUGAAUUUCAGUGGUGCUAAUCUUUCAGAUGAAGAUCUUCAUCCAAUUCUUCAUAUUCAUCAGAAGUGGGAAGGCAUCAAUGUAUCAAACAAUUGUUUUUUAUCCCUCCCAAAGUGCAUUGAAGGAUUUUUGCACUUGAAAAUUCUUGACGUGAGUUAUUGUAAUAAUCUUAUGAUAAUUCCAGAACUUCCAUCAAGCAUUCAAAAAGUAGAUGCAAGAUAUUGCCUAUCCUUAACUCCACAGUCCUCAACCAUGCCAUUGUCCAAGAUUUUACAAGAGACUAAAAGAAUUGAAGUUGUGAUGCCAAAAAAGGAGAUUCCCAAUUGGCUUGACUACGAUUGCAGCAAAGAUAUUCCUCUGUUUUGGGCUCGGCGAAAGUUCCCUGUUGUUGCUUUAGCAUUCAUGUUUGGGAGAGCCACUGGCAGUGAUAUUGAUGAGACAUUGAUGAAGGCUCUAGACUUCUGGCCUCAAAUUGCUUCAUCCAAAUCCUACACUGUUGGUCUCAACUUGUUUAUAGAAGGCCAACAAAUAUUUCCGGAAAAGUCCAAAUAUUUCAAUGUUGGGGAAGAUCAUGUGUUACUUUUUGAUCUUCGAACUUUGUUCAGUGACAAAGAGUGGCAUGAUCUUGAUGCAUAUAUUGGAGAUGAUUGGAAAGCCAUUCAUGUUGUAUGUGAAUCAACCUUAACUCUGAAUCAUUGGGGAGUUUAUGUUUACAAGGGAGAGACAAACAUGGAUGAUAUUUAUUUCAAGCAUCUUCCCAACCACAAAUUGUCAAGCGAGUUAGUUCUAGAAAGAAGUCCGCAACAAACUCGGCAAAGAAUUGGACAAGUGAUAGAUAAUUUGAAUCCAACAGAAACAUUUGACAAUGAGCAUUUGUCUCUUGUUGAUCUAGAAGAAGAUAGUAUGAGUUUUACAAAGGCAUUGGUGAGGUCUACAAGAUGGCUAAGGCUAACGAAGCUGCUUUGUCUUCUAACUAUGGGGCAAGUUUGAAGAAAGAAUCAGAAGAAUCUAAUUGGGACGUGUUGCGGUUAAUAGAGUUGAUGAAGGAGAAUGUGCCAAAAGAUAUUGCUGAUUCAUACCCUGGUCAAAUACAAGCUGUACAAGAAUUCGCAGAAGAGUUUUUUAAGGCACGUGCACAAUUUAUGAUGGAGAAAGACUGCGACACGUUGAAUAUUGGUAUGAUGAUUGCUUUAGAGGAAUACCAUAUUUUUGGACCUCCAACUCGUCGUUAUUGGGGAAGAAUAGAUUUAAAACAUGCAGAUGAUCCAACAUUCAAAGCAGUGAUGAGGAGGGCAUUCCAAGAAUCAUGGAGAAUUGAAGAACGCGCCAAAGCACACAAUAGAAGGAUGAUUCCCAUUCCCAUCCAUAUGGGGGGAAUCGUCGCAGAAGGAAGAAUAUGAUGAUGAUCCUGUGUUGGAAGAAUUAUUGAGCAAGAUAGAGAAAGAUGCUAUGGACUCUAAUAAAUCAUAUGGUAAAUUGAAGGCAUGUAUUACUUAUACUAAUGAAGUACUAGCAGUUUCUGAUGAAUAUUUGCUGGAAGCAACGUAUAUGAGAGCACAUGAAAAUAUGGAAAAUGAAGUCAUGUCAGAAUGGGGAAGGUUAGAAUUGGCAUUAUGUGACAUGUUCAGAUCAAGAAUGCGAAGAUCAUUGUUUGGUUGGAGAAAGCUCAUGAUUCCUGGAGCUAGUACUAAGAAGACCUCUUAUCGGACAAUUAGAGUGGCACACGAAGAUCAAGACACUCAUGAUAAUAAUCGAAUGCAGCAUAAUAAGCUGUGGCGGAUCCAGAUUCCAAGGUACUUUAGAAG